AUGGAGGACGACGAUUUAUUCCUCCAACAGUUCGAUCCAAAAUACUUGGAGAUCGUAGCCGAGUUCCUCACCAAAUGGCUUCCCUUCCUCACCCGAUCCCUCUAUGAUGGCUGCUCCGCCACUAAUGCUAGAUUACUUAGUUCGCUGGGAUGGUGCUCUUCUUUAGGGUUUGCUGCCAAAGCCGACGCAGAUGCCUCCAGGUCCACUUCCACGAAGGAUCAGGCAUCUUAUGCCUCUGCUAGCUUUGCUGCCCCCUUUCCCGAUGCCCAACCAACUGGGUAUGACCCGGAUCUGACCUCUUCGCCAGAGUCCCCUCAAAUCCGGAUGUGUUGGGCCGACAUGGCUCAAGAAGACAAGCUCAAGGAGGCUAAGGCGGAGGAGGAAAAGAUGGAGGAGUCAAGGAGAACUUCGAUUGAGGGAGCAGCAAGAGUUAAAAGGGAGAUUGCGAAGAAGGAGACGGGAUUGUCAAGGGAGCAGAGGGAAGAACUACACUUUAUGAAUGUUGUCAGGAAGAAGGAUUUCAUAUGCCUAGAGAGGGUCAAUGACAAGAUCGAUAAUAUCCUCAAUGUCCUCGGGCUGCAUACUAGAGUAUUCAGCACACCGAGCAAAAAAGAAUUGUGGAUCUGGUCUAUGAGCUGCAAGAGAAAGGGAAGAAUCAUGAGUUGGGAGGUGAGUACAGCAUAA